GCUCUGACAGUGGGCAAAAUCCAACAGGUGGUUGGCGCGGAAGGGAACCCUUUAGAGACCACAUACUUGGAAGAAUACUCAGAGUAGUAAAGCAGUCAGGGAAAGCCGUGUUCAUUGCUCAAAUAAAACAAAACAAACACUAUGGAACGAUCCAAACAGAAGCAACUUAACCAAAGCGAAAAGCAAACAACAUCCGCAAGUGACAGCUCUGUCAAUGGACAUUUUGACGGGAUGGUGGCGAAGAUGACCGGGGUAGCCCUGUCAGGGUCUGGGGAAAGCAGUGGCCAGAAACCCCCCUCGCAUGCCCUUGAGAGCUGGAGGGAAGAGCGCACUCGGAGUGUGGAGGACAACGAGAUGAGUUUGCCAAGCAUCGCGGCUGCCUACACCACCAUCCUAAGGGGACUUGGGGAAGACCCGCAGCGCCAAGGACUCCUCAAAACUCCGUGGAGGGCGGCCACGGCUAUGCAGUUUUUCACAAAAGGCUAUCAGGAGAAAAUCAUUGACGUGCUGAACGAUGCUAUAUUUGACGAGGACCAUGAUGAGAUGGUGAUCGUGAAGGACAUCGACAUGUUCUCCAUGUGUGAACACCACCUGGUGCCCAUCUUUGGCAGGGUCCACAUAGGAUACCUCCCUAACAAGAGGGUGGUGGGAAUCAGCAAACUGGCCAGGAUUGUAGAGAUCUACAGUAGGAGGCUUCAAGUUCAGGAGAGGCUAACCAAGCAGAUAGCAGUGGCCAUCACUGAAGCCCUGCAGCCGGCAGGUGUUGGAGUCGUCAUAGAGGCCACGCACAUGUGCAUGGUGAUGAGGGGUGUUCAGAAGAUGAACAGUAAGACGGUGACCAGCACCAUGUUGGGGGUCUUCAGGGAGGACCCCAAAACACGUGACGAGUUCCUCACCCUCAUUCGAAGCUGAGGAGCACCCCACCACUCCACUCCACUCCACCCCUCUCUGCUCCUCCUUCCCCCCCUCCUCCCACAAAAACAAGAUCUUCUGGCCUCCACCACCACCACCACUGGACAGACUGGACGGCGGACGGACGGACGGACAGAUCGACAGAUGGAUGGACGGCUAAAUACAGCAGUGUCUCAUGUGGGUGGGGGUAACCUGGGGACUGAAGUUGACCCGCUUUGACCUUAUGCUUUCCUUAGUAGCUUGUUUCUCUAAUGUUUCCCAUCUUCCCUGUUAAAUCUGCCCAGUGGUACAGUCUGCAUCUACCUCUGCGCACACUACCAAGUCUCCCUCUCUCUCUCUUGCUCUCUCUCUUUCUCUUUCGGUCUCUCUCUCUCUUUCACUCUAUCUGUCUUCCUCCCUCUCUCUCUCUUUCUCCCUGUCUCUCUCUCUCUCUCUCUCUCUUGCUCUGUUUAUGUCCAUGAGUAUACAUGCGUAAGUGUCUUGCUGUGUUCGUAUGUGCGUUAUUAAUGGAUAUUACCAUAUACACACCUACGCUGUAGUCUCACACUGCUCUUACGGUACAACAGUGUUCACCAAGACAAAGUCACUCAGCUCAGUAGACCAUAUCAAAUUAUUUUAGAAGAUUCCUUUCAUAAAAAAAGCUUUUAGGUAGGUACUUUUAGUUUUUUUAGGUUGUUUUCAUUUUAACAUAAAUAUGAAGUAUUUGGUAACAAAAUAUGGUCAUAUAUCAUUAUAUUGUCACAUGACCAUUUUUUGCAAACUCUCACAUCAAAUGGAAAUCGAUAUAAAAAAUAGUAAGGAAGGAAGAAAGAAAGAAAUAUAAUGUGUUAAUGGACCAAUGAAGACGUGCAGUAUACAAUGUUUACGAUUUACGAUAAUAAGUGUUACUGUAAUGGACCAACAUCUUUCCCAGGUAUGACAUGACCAAAGCAACACAGCCAUACUCUUUGGCUUAGUUACAUGCAUAUCACUGGAUCCACUGCUUUUAAAUCAAGUUACAUUGAUGACCAGAGGUGGCACAAGUAAAAGUAGAAUGAAAUUCAUGGUGUAAGUUCAACACCAGUACAUGGUAUUCCAUACAAUAGUUGUCACCUGUGACAUGCAUCUUUUGAAAUUCUACUUUUGCUUUUGACAUCUUUGUUUUUGGCCAAUAUUGUCCUUGAAUGUAACUGCCACUGUGUACAGAUAUACUAUAUGGUAGGGUUGCAGGUAUAGGAAUGGGGUUGGUGUGGGGCAUACUGAGUUUGUAGGUUUUGUGUGUGUGCGUGUGUAUGUGUGUGCAUGUGUGUGUGUGUGAUUGUUGUCACUUUUUGCCACAGUACUCCUGUCGGUCUGUUGCAUCACCUGUACUAUAUCAACAGUGUAUGUUGUUAUCCGUAUCUGGGUUUAUCUUAGUGGACCUUCAAUCAUUUUGUAUUAAAGUGUGUGUGUGUGUGUGUGUGUGUGUGUGUGUGUGUGUGUGUGUGUGUGUGUGUGUGUGUGUGUGUGUGUGUGUGUGUGUGUGUGUGUGUGUGUGUGUGUGUGUGUGUGUGUGCGCGUGUGCGUGUGCACGUGCGCGCACUAGUGUGUCAGUGCGUGUUUGUUUGCGUGUGUCUGGGUUUAUGCGCACAAGUGUGUGUGUGUGUGUGUGUGUGUGUGUGUGUGUGUGUGUGUGUGUGUGUGUGUGUGUGUGUGUGUGUGUGUGUGUGUGUGUGUGUGUGUGUGUGUGUAUGUGUAUGUGUGCGCAUGCGUGUGUGCGUGUGCGUGUGCGUGUGCGUGUGUGUUUUGUUCAGCCCUGAUUUUGUUGCACGUGAUGUCUAAAUAUUUUCCGAUGUUUGUCUUGGAAGAGCGAUCAUGUCAGAAAAAAAGACCAAAGUUCAAGGGUGGAACAUAGGCAAACCCAGACUAUUUAUGUUCCUGAAAAAGGAAAGAGGGGGAAAUGGCUCAGUAUUGGAGAAAGAUACCUGUCUUCUUUUGGCUUACAGUGCUCCUGUCAUGGUCUGGACUCUCUGUUUUUAAAUGGAGAUGGCCAGGGCUCUAUAUUAACACCAGCCAACCGGCCAAAGGCCAUUUGGCUAGUAAAAAAAAUGGCAACUUACUAUCCACUCUUUGAUCCAUUAGUAAGUGUGUGUGUGUUUGGCUAGUAAGAUUAACAUCUACUAGCCAUUUUCUGGUAAUGAAAAAAAAGUUAUUUUAGAGCCCUGGAGAUGGCACUGCAGCAAAGAAUUCAACUGAAGUGUCCUUAUGCUUCAUGCUUUGUCAAGUUUGUGAAACUGUCUCCUCUCCUCUCUCUCUUCUUUAAUGGACCAAAAAAAGAAAAUAUAGAAGAAAAAAAUGCCUUUCUAUUUUUAAAACGCAAACGAACUCUGCAACAUGAUUAUGGCGUUAUAUAUGUAGCCAAUUUAGAUGAAUCUAGGACAGAUAGAAAUAGUAAAUGACAUAAAGGCUUUUUUUUGUUUUUAUAAACCUUUCUGGCCUGGCCCUGUUUGCCUGAUGGCAGAUAGGGUGGCGAUUACACAGUUUCAGCUGGCGCAUGAGGAGCAAACAGUGUUUUUUUUGUUUUUUGUUUUUUUGUUUCUCCUUUAUUUCACUGGGUUAGGGACAUUGAGGCUGUUGUCGCUUUUCCAAGUUAGCCCUAGGUACAUCCUAAAAUGGAUUCAUUAGUUACACUCCUAUUCCACAUAUUCCAAAUGACCUUGUUUUACCUGUCCGAUUCAGCCAGGUGUUUGGCUGGUUAAAUAGUCACCUGGUUGAAUUGGACUGGUAAAACAAGGUCUUUUGGAAAAUGUGGCACAGGACUGAAACUAAUGAAUCCAUUUUGCCCGUCACUGCAUCAACACAUGAUAUGAGGGCUUGUGAAAUCCCCCCCUUAUCGAAAUGCAGGUGUUCAUGAAUAGGCUUCAAGCAUACGCCCCAUUUUAAGAACACUUUCCCCGGUGGGGGGCUAGCCAUGCAUGAAAAUGAGUGUUGAUUGGGCCCCAUCUGAGCGGCUGAGAGCUGACAGGGUGCAUCAUGGGAGAAUGUGUGUCUGGUCAAGAACGUGCAAGACACAUAUGGAGUGCGUUGCAAUAUGCGACCUUGCCUCCUCCACUUGCCUCCUCCACUUGCUUGUCUCCUUGUACCAGGAAGUAAUAUGUCAUGAUGACAUCACUGACAACAGCAUUAUAUUUCAAUAUCUUACAAAAGCUAAAUUGUAGAGUCUUUUUCUCAUUUGCAAUUGGGAUGGUGAAUGAAAAACAGUCCCUCAAAUGUUGUGGUGGCUAGGCUGACAGCUGGGAAACUCUCUUUCUCCACGGAGGAGGGGCCAGGAGGCGAGACGAGGAGACAAGCGCAAGUGGAGGAGGCAAGGUCGCAUAUUGCAACGCACUCAUGGCCAUGUCAGGUUGUCACAUGGAGCCCCUAGGUAAAUAUGGUGAUCGGCCCCCAUAUGUGCACUUUAGUUGGGGGGAAAUGGAGGGGGAUCGGGACAUCAUGCCUUGUCGAGACACACACACAUGAUAAAUUACUUUUCCCAGGUAGAGGGCCAUGGCAUCGAUGACAGGGUUGUGUUAGUGGAGGAACACAUGUAAACAUUGUUUACGUACAUUCAUAUGUCACAACAACAUUCACUUACCCGCCAAUCAUCAGACAGCCAUGGUUUAGCCAUCUUUUAUUGUAAACGCCAGCGAGUUUGUGUCACAGGAUUCCAUCAUCGGAUUUUCUUCGCCCCACCUCAAGCUGUUGUUGGCUCCUUCUAAAGUGAUUUGAUGGGUGACCUAUAAGGGACAAUGUGGUCAUAGUCCACUUGAUGCAGAUACAUUGAACUGUGUAUAUGUUAACAUUUAUAAAUGGCAGCCCCACCAGUGGAACUAGAGAUGCACCGGAUCCUGAUUUUUAGGAUCCUGCCGGAUACCGGAUCCACUGCUUAAGAUCCUGCCGGAUCCGGAACCGGAUACCGGAUCCUACAAAAGGGUUGAAACAUAUAGUCUACUCGCACACAUGGGCCCUUUUUAUUACGUUGGCUCAAACUAUUUUUUAGACUUUAGAGAUUGGUUUACUGCCACACUGCCUGCAAUGGCCGCUUCCAAAGGGCUUUCACUCCAUGCAGUGAUUGGGGUUGUGAAAGACUGACUGAAAAGCCUAGGCUAGAGAUGCACCAGACCCUGAUUUUUAGGUAACAUGCCGGAUACCGGAUCCUCUGCUUAAGAUCCUGCCGGACACAGAUCCUGUGAAAAACCCUAUUAUCCUGCCGGAUCCGGAACCAGAACCGGAUCCGGUGCAUCUCUAAGUGGAACGCUGUGAUAAUCACUGAAACACCUUUACUACCAUAGUAGUACACCACUAUGACAGUACACAGGGCCUUCAGUCAUACGCUACGACUUGGUCAUCUCCAUUCUGGUAACAGCUCAUUUAUAACAGGGGCCGUGUAUCACAGGGUUAACAUCAUCCAUUUAGGAUUCAGAGGAGGAUGUCUAGCUACGCAACCCUUUUUGCCUGAUUUAAACAGGGCCGUGUGUCUGUGCUUCUCAGUCAGGUCUGUCUCUGUGCUUUGAAUAUGAGCAAUUCAAUUUUAUUGUACUUUAUUUCAUUCAAUUUCUUUUUUUUGUAAGUCUGAAAUCUCUUCACGGUGAUGACCUAUGUGGUACCUCUCUUCUGUAUAGAUGUCUGGAGUACUCCUCUUUUUAUAACCCCAGAGGCGUCAAAAGGAAAAGGAAAAAGUAAAUUAGUACAACACUAGCCCAUAAUAUUACAUAGCUGUUACACCAGUUAGUCAAUGGUACCUCAUGAGAGACUGUGUUGCUAGUGAAAAACACUGCAAACCUAAUAAAGACCCACCACAAACUUGACCCAACCAGUGCAGAUCUGAUCGUAAGACAUGUAUACAGGUCUACUGGUUACUCAGAUAAGUUACCUGUAUUGUAGGAAAAUUGUUUUUAUUUACUUUUACUUUUUGGGGGACAGCUGGCUCAAUGGUUAGAGUGCUGCUCUUUGAAUCAGAGGGUUGCAGGUUCAAAUCCCGCCCUCACUGGCACCUUAAUCCAUGUCUGAAGUGCAAGACACCUAAUCCUGCAUUGCUCCAGGUACUGUAACCAAUAUCCUGUGCCUAAAUAACUGUAAGACGCUUUGGAUAAAAAGCAUCAGCUAAAUGUAAUAUCAUAUAUUUUACUUUUGACACCUCUGCCCCCUCCCAAGCCCAGAGCCUCCAGACUUCCAUGUGGCCUUGUUCAUGAGGACUGAGGUGGUCCUCAGCCCUGCCUUUGGAAAUCAGUGUCCAAUUUGAUGUGAUGUUCGCUCUUACCUGUGUGGUAACUUGACUUUGAAAUGUUAAAAUAAAUCUGUACAUGAUACAACAUUAAAUGAACACCACUUAAUGA